AGCGCCACUGCUUGUGUCUUUCUUGGCGCCAACUUAGUUCAUCAUGAGAGAUCCGCACAAUACCCGAGUAUCAUUUGGGGUUGUUAGCACUCCGAUAACCUCAUUGACCUUCGUCCGCGUCUUAGGAUUUGAAAUGAACUUGUAUAAGACGGCCCUAGGGGACAAUGAUCAUGUCUUCAUAACGAAGCAUGCGCCAAACCUGUCUGGCCUUCCUGCUCUACCCAAACUAGGUCAGUAUGGAGCUUCGGCUUCUCCUAUAGUCACCACAGCUCAUGCGGACUUCGAAACAGCUGAGCCAGUUCCAGAUAACUCUGAAAACCCGAAAGUAGUAUUUACUGCCAGAAUGGGUGCGGCCAGCUUGAAUGAUAUCAAGUCAAAGGUCAUAAUCAAAGAGCUCACGGCCCAUAUCGAUAUCAUCUCUGCCGACCACAGGAGUCUACUUACUGGAGGUGCUCUCGUCUAGAUUCAUCAGCAGUCUUCUUUCAACAUCACCUUGACUAUCGGAGAAAACCCCCGGGGCUACCUAGUCCAGUUUCCUAUCCCGGUGCUGGAAUCUCGCUGCCGCGUACGUAUUGCACGCAAGUCCUCAUAUGUUGAAAUAGUUGGG